AGAUUUAUAUUAUCCCUAAAAUAAUCUUUAUAUUAAAUAUACUAUUAUAAUCUUUACUAGCAUAAAGAUUAUAGUAGACUCCGGAGAUUGUUCGUGUGUCAAAGUUGGAGGCCGGACGCUUGAACGGCUACGUUUGCUCCUUCAACAUCUUUUGCUCGACUUCUCGUUCAUACCGCUUUACCGGAGAAGGCUGCAUUAUCUAAACCUGGGAGAAGAAGACGCAUUUCUAAGCGUAUAGGCUGUAUGGCACGUGUUGCGUUUCGCAUCCUUGGACAUGUUGGUUACGUUCUCAGCAUAUUCGAAGAACAGCACAAUCAUCCUCUCACUUCUUUCCCCUACAGGCCAUUUUUGAAGAUCAAUAGGAAUAUUGAUCUAGGCCAUAAGAAGUUCAUACUCAACUGUGCUAAAGCGAACAUUGGCACCAUGAAAUCAUACCGACUUUUCAAGGAAUCUGUUGGUGGGUAUUCAAGUGUUGGUGCUACUGCUGUGGACUUCAAAAACUUCAAACGCGAUUUGAAGGCCUAUAUUGCUGGUGGAGAUGCCCAAAUGGUCAUUGAUAAAUUAUUCCGAAAAUCAGAAGUAUGCCCUGGAUUUAGGUUUGAUUAUGAAGUUGACGAGUACGACCAGCUUUCCAGGCUAUUUUGGUGUGACGCUGCUUCUAGGAAAAGCUACUCCCUGUUUGGUGAUGUUGUCUCAUUUGAUGCCACAUAUACUACCAACAGGUACAUGAUGAUAUUCGCUCCAUUCACUGGUGUUGACAACCAUAAAAAAUGUGUGACAUUCGGCUUUGGUUUAUUGUCAAGUGACGACAGUGAGUCAUAUUCAUGGUUGUUGAGAUCAUUCAUGAACGCAAUGGGGAAUGCUCCAAGAUGCAUCAUAACUGAUCAAGAUCCCUCCAUGCAAAUUGUAAUCGAAGAAGUCUUACCACAAACCAAGCAUCACUAUUGCAUGUAGCAUAUUAUGAACAAACUAUUAGGGAAGGUUGGUCCGGUGUUAAGCAAGGAUACGGAAUUCAUGAAUCGCAUUAAUCAGGUGGUCUGGACUCAUUACUUGGAAAAAAAGAAUGGAAAGCACAAUGGCACAAUGUUAUGGCAGACUACAACCUCACUGAGCAUUCGUGGUUCAAGUAUUUAUACAUGUUACGUAAGUUUUGGAUCCCAACCUAUUUCAGGGAUCUAUUUAUGGCCGGGCUAUUGCGCACUACGUCUAGAUCAGAGAGUGAAAACGGUUUCUUUAACGAUUUCACCGAUCGCAACUUUAGUCUAGUUGAAUUAUUAAUGCAAUUCGAGAGUGCAAUGGAAGACCAAGAGUUCAAAUUUACUCGUUUGAACUCAGAAUCCGAGUCGGGAAUUCCAGUGUUCAAAACCCCUUUAAAGAUUGAGAAACAUGCUGCAUCGUUAUUCACUCUCUGUCUUUU